AUGGCAGGAAGGCGUGGCUUGCGUAUGGGCAACUUGUCCCAAUUUCAACAAAGCUUACCUCAAGCUACCAAGACGAUGCUGCCGAACAAGCCAGGGAUCUUUGGUGGUGACUUCCCUCGUGAGUCAAUCAACGUCAUGCAUAGCCUGAUCUUGAAUCCGCGCUUUCUGGAGCUCUAUGGUGUUAAUCCUGUUGUCUCACGCAUGAUUCUGCAUCAUCGACAUCAAAUUGAUGACUUACUACGCCGUCAUGCUAACGACAUGGAUGAAAAAACCGUCAUGAUCAUACCCUAUCCUCGACCACCCAGACAAAUGGGGUUCGGGACCGGCAACAGGCACAACAAUUGGCCGUGCCUCUACGUGUCUUCAUGCGCUAACUUCACUACUGAGCCUCGUCCGGAUGUUCCAGGAGUUAGUGACAUGACAAAAGACCCGAUGUUCUGUCACUGCUGCACCAUUGGAGAGCCAUAUGAUUGCGAUACUGUCACUUAUCUCUUCGGGCGCCAGAAUGAAUAA